GUCCAUGUCGAUACUAUUCUGGAGCGCGGGAAAUCACGAAAGUUUGAAGAGGUCCCCGAAACCAAACGGCGUGGCAGAGGGGGAAGUGGCCGUUGAGAGAGUGUCUUGUUUCUUGCGUCCGAGAAAGGGCUCGAUGCCUUUACUCGGUCAGCUGGACUUUUGGACUUCGGCUUCUUGAGGGGUCAGGGAGCGGCUAAGGGACAACGGCCGGUUUUGAUGUCUUCCUACGUUAGACAUCUGGUUGCCUUUCCCAACCAAGCCUCAAGACCUCAGCAGCAGCAGAUUGUUCUCCACGACACGCUUAUCACGCGGCCUAUUUUCCACAUUCCUCCCUGUUGGAUUCGGACCUUCUUUUCUUUUCAUAUUUUCCCUCGCGGCCUUUCGAAUGGAGGCAUAUGGCUGAGCCAAUGCCAGCGAUUUUUGUUCUCGCCCUCACGCUGUUCGUAUUACAUCCGUCCUGAAACUGGAUGCAAGAGAGAAAUCAACAUAUCAGAUAGACAUUUUCUGUGUGGGCGAAAGUCAGGAGGUUCGCGCCUCGGUGGUUUCAGGAGGGAAAGGUCAAUCCCAGGAUGUUUAUUACUUCUUUUCUUCCUCUUAUUUUUUGCCCUCUUUUCCUUUGUACCUUGACUAUGUCCUCGGUUCACUUCUUCGGGCAUCCCUGUUUCUGCGCCCUUUUCCUUUUCCG